AUGGUCGAUCAGUUGACAAAACGCAAACCGGGAAUGAUUGUGAGAGCAUCUUCCAUCAAGAUCGUCAGCACUGCUAUGGGAAUGGCAAUCCAGGACCCAGACGCCAGAAAUCGGGACAGCAGCCAGCAGGACAAGGUUUGCGGCCACGAUUCCCCAGGCCGAGGAGGGGAUGUCAUUUUGGAUGUCUGCAGGGAGUUAUCUCCCAAGCAACAUUUGAGGCUAGUCGAGGAGAUCGAUCAUGAGUAUAACUUCGUGUUAGAUGGGGUUGCGGGAGGUCAACCCAAUGAUGACAACUUUCUCGAAAAGUCAAGGAACGGUCAUCUAUUUUGGUCUAUUUUAGUCCCUUGCGUCUUCGGAGAUGCUGCCUCAGAAGAUGAGGUUUCUGAUGAAGUUGAGGAUGGUGAUGAUGUACAAGUUUUGAUUUUUGUAUAA